AUGUCUCUUUGGGUCGACAAGUAUCGGCCGCGUAGCUUAGAUGACCUGCACUACCAUGAAGCUCUUUCAGCGCGUCUGAAGUCUCUUGCGGCGACGGGGGACUUCCCACAUAUCCUCUUCUAUGGGCCAUCAGGGGCUGGGAAGAAGACGAGAAUCAUGUGUGUGCUGCGGGAACUGUACGGCGUAGGCGUGGAGAAGCUACGAAUAGAUCAGCGUGUCUUCGUCACUCCAUCAAAUCGGAAACUGGACGUCAAUGUCGUUCAGUCAAACUACCAUAUCGAGCUCACGCCUUCCGACGUGGGUAACUACGACCGGGUCGUGAUCCAGGAUAUCCUGAAGGAGAUUGCGCAGACACAGCAGGUCGAUCUGAACGCAAAGCAGAGAUUCAAGGUCGUCAUCAUCAACGAGGCCGACGCCCUCACACGAGACGCACAGGCCGCACUGAGGCGGACGAUGGAAAAGUACAUGACCAACAUGCGCUUGAUACUGUGCGCAAAUAGCACGAGCAAGAUCAUUGCUCCUAUCCGAUCUAGAUGUCUGCUCGUCCGCGUCGCCGCGCCAACAGAUGAUGAGAUGUCAAGAGUCCUUCACCACGUCGCCAAGAAAGAACGCUUCUCCCUCCCCGAUACCGCCGCCCAAUCCAUCAUCUCCAGCUCGGAGGGCAACCUCCGAAAGGCCCUUCUCGUAUUCGAAGCGAUGAAGAUGCAAAAGCCCGACCUGUCGGGCAGUAUCGACGUCGCCAAGCCGGAUUGGGAAACGUAUAUCGCGACGGUAGCGGCGGCGAUCAUGAAGGAGCAGAGUGCGCAGCGGCUGUUGGAGGUCCGGGGGAAGAUAUAUGAGCUGUUGAGUCAUUGUAUCCCGCCUGGGGUGGUGUUGAAGACUCUGGCGGAGAGACUGGUGGAUCUGGUAGACCCAGAGAUCAAGCCGCAGGUGAUACAUUGGGCUGCGUACUACGAACUGAGGAUGCGGAUGGGCGCCAAGAAGAUAUUCCAUAUCGAAGCCUUCAUUGCGAAGUUUAUGAUGGUGCAAAAAAACUAUCUAUUACAAGGUGUAGCGCAAAACAUGGAAAUGGACAUGGACUUCUAG